AAAGAGUAAAUGAAGAAAGUCCGGGUAGUUAUUGGUUAACUAUUUAACUAACUAUUUAGUAGUCUUAUGGCUUGAGGGUAGAAGCUGUUCAGGGUCCUGUUUUUUCCAGACUUGGUGCAUCGGUAUCGCUUGCCGUGUGGUAGCAGAGAUAACAGGCUAUGACUUGGGUGGCUGGAGCCUUUGACCAUUUUUUGAUAUGAUAUAUUUUUCUGCUACAGCCCAGUCACACAAAUCUCCUUUAUGAAACAUUUAAUAUGCCUACACAUUAAUAUGUCAGCCUAUGAAAACACAAAAUAUUUAUAAUGUCAUAUAUAAUGUCAUAUAACCUAAUAUUUGUUUUAUUUUAUUCAUAUGCAUGUUCAUUCAAAAAGGUCAAUCCUAGGGUUCACUGACAUUCUGACAUUCAUAUCCUAAAAGAGCAUCCACAUUUCAAAUUACUGUCACAAAUGAGAGGUUAAUUUAGUCUAUUUUAUUGAAUUAAACAACUAUUAAUAUCCACACAUUUAGACGAGGGCAGUAGACUGAAUAAAUGGUUGUAGCUGUAUAAUGGUUUAGUGCUUUCACAGGUCGCUUGCCUCUCACAACAGAAGAUAUACAAUAUAAUAACUUAUAAGGGCACGUAUAACAAUAUUCUAUAUAUUUUAUUACAAUAACAAGUUUAUCUUAUUCCUUUAAUAAUAUAAUUGUGGCCAAGGAUAUCGCAUGUUAUUUAUUGUGAUUACUGCUAAUGAAAAAGUGUUAUAUUGCCAUUGGAUGUCCGCGUAUAAAAUGUAAUUUACAUAGCUACACAGGCCUCGCCUCUUCCUCAAUAAUGUCUAGUUGUCUUUUUUAUAAUCUUGCUCGAAUAUCUUUGCUUACCGUUUCCUUGUUUUGUCAACCAAACCUAAUACAUUUUGCUCGAGUUAUUGUGUGUCGUGAUUGGUUAGAAUAUUUUGACAGGCCAUCAUUCAGCCUAAUAAGGUACCAGCUACUCAACGUGGCCAGCCUCCCCUGAUAUACGAUUGGAUAAUAAUGUUCUCUCACCUCAUCAACAGUGUGGCGUUUCUACCUUUCUUUUUUUCGAUUACGCGGUGUUGGUGUUUGUUUUUAGCGAGCUAACAUGUAUUCAUUUGUGUAAAUUUAGGGACAUUUGACGAACCUGGCACAUAUAGUUCAGCUUGAUUGAUCAAUAGAAUGCAUUGAUUCGAGAUUUAAGAAAAUAGUAGCUUUGCGCUGUUUAUUUUUCGCCUCAUUGUUUCGCGAGUUCGGGAUGUUUUUAUCCUCAACAUGGAGACAAAAAGAGGGGAGAUUCCCAACGGCGUAUUGGACGACCUCUGCAGUCGCUUCAUCCUCCACAUCCCUAGUGAAGAGAGAGACAAUGCUAUCCGCGUGUGCUUCCAGAUCGAGCUUGCCCAUUGGUUCUACCUGGACUUCUGCAUGCAGAAUGCACCAGGAUUACCUCAGUGCGGGAUAAGGGACUUUGCCAAGGCUGUUUUUAAUCAUUGUCCAUUCCUGCUGCCCAAUGGGGAGGAUGUACAGAAGGUUCUAGAACAGUGGAAGGAAUAUAAGAUGGGUGUUCCAACCUAUGGUGCCAUUAUUCUAGAUGAAUCGCUUGACAAUGCAUUGCUGGUUCAGGGCUAUUUGGCCAAGUCAGGGUGGGGCUUUCCAAAGGGAAAAGUCAAUGAAGAUGAGGCUCCUCAUGUUUGUGCUGUACGAGAGGUUAUGGAGGAAACGGGUUUCGAUAUCAAAGAUCGCAUCUGCAAAGACACGUACAUCGAGCAGAAAAUCACUGAUCAGUUGGCCCGAUUGUACAUAAUACCUGGGGUACCCAAGGAGACGAAGUUCAACCCCAAAACAAGGAAGGAGAUAAGGAACAUCGAGUGGUUCCCGAUUGAGAAACUACCAUGUCACAGGAACGACAUGACUCCCAAGUCUAAACUUGGACUCGCCCCCAACAAGUUUUUCAUGGCCAUUCCUUUUGUCAGACCACUCCGAGAAUGGAUUGCCAAGCGUAAAGGAGAGUCUACAGACAGUGAUGAGGAUUUUGCAUCCAACGGCAGCACUCCAUGCAAACCUCUGGACAAAGCACGUUCGAAGCAUAGACGGGCCCAGAUGUUGCCUGAGGCCUCUCCAGGAGAGGGGUGGGGGAAGCAGAAGCAACCCAAGCCUCUGGGACAGCUGAGCCAAUACGAGGUCUCUGAACUCUUGAAAGCCAAGAACCUCAAUGUGAAAGGCAAUGGGAAGAAGCACCAGGAUUCUCCCAACCUGAAGAAAAGGGCCAAUGGAGUCGGCAACCAGCAGAAAGAGGAGAAGAGACUUCAACCCAGGAGACUACAGGACAACUUCGACACAGAUGCAGCACUGCCAUCUGACAUGUGCAGCUCCACCAAUGGGCAGCAGGUGGUCUGCAACGGCAACUGUGAACACCUCUCCUCCAGGUCCUUCCUCAACUUCAAGUUCGACAGGGAGGCCAUCAUGAAAUGCUUUGAUUCCUGAAAUAGCCAAAGGGACACCUUGGUCGUGUUCAGUAGGGGCCAAAAGAAAGUAAAUGCAUUUGUUUGCUUUUCGUUGUAUGCCCUAAUGAACACGACCCUGGAAUGGCAGACUAGCAGAUACUUCAGUUCUAUGGAACGGCAGCCCCUCCAACCUUAGGGUUGAGAUGAAGAGUACUGACCACAUAUAUAAAAGCCUUCUGUCGUAGGUUUAAUUUUUUGUCAAGCACAGAAAGGUGAACUAGAUGUCGCUGUUUGUUCAUUCAAGCCGAAUCCUUACUUUGGGAUUCUUAGUAACUUAGUUUCGCUUCCAGGAAAUCAUGCAGUGAUGUCAAUGGCAACUAGGGAUGAACAGUUUGUGCUCUUGUGCACAGAUCUCUAGUUAGGAUUCAGCCCAUAUGAUCCAGAUUUACUAAGCAUUUGCAUCAGGUGCAAAUGUUGUACCUGUAUUUUUAUAGAGGGAAUUAGUCACAGAAAGUAGAGUGGGGGGGGUUGAAAAUGCAGGUUCUGAGAAGAAAGACGGUAAAGGUAGAUUUAAAGGUUAAAUAAAAAAUAAAGGUAGAUGAAGAUAAGAGUUUUAACUUUGGGGUUUCAUCCCCUGUUGACACGAACAGAGCAUAUGUUUAGUAAAUCUGGCCAGUGAGUGAAGUCGGCGCCAUAACUUGUUCAGUGUUUUUGUCUAAUUUUAAUGGACAACAUAGUCCAACUUUGGUCAGUUUCACCGCCUUACCAACUGAGCUCCCGAUUUAUGUUUUAGGGCAGUGGUUCCCAACCAGGGGUACUAGGACCCCUUGGUGUACGUGGCCUAUCUACAGGGGGUACUUGAGAAGACUCAUGAGACCAUAGGACUGCUGGUAAAAUGCACAUGAGGGGGUACUCAGUGGUACAGUAACCGAAAAAGGUUGGGAACCAUUUUUUUUUGUUGUGUGUGUGUGUGUGUAUAGCUGGUGUGAACUGAUCUGAGGCUAAGCACAGAGUACUGUACAUUGUGCUGCUACGCUUUAUCCCCAAAGUCAUAGAGCUGGUGUAGAUUGUCUUGUACAGGCAGUCAUGUUGAAUGGCUCAAGCCGUAUCAGCUCCAAGUAGCCUCGUCCUACCAACUGUGAUGCCAAUGGCCACGUUCCAGGUCAAGCUUUCUUUUUUUUUGCAGUCGUGCAUCUCAGAAGAUUGCUAAAUGAUACGAAUGUGGUUUCCACAAUGUUAAAUGUGAUUUUGCGCAGCACGACUACAAUAAAGACAACCUGGAACGUG